AUGGUCUUCAAAAGAGGAAUUGAGAUUGAUCUGGCCAAGUCCAAAGCCAUCUUAAAGAUGCAACCUCCUAAGAUCGAAAAGGAGAUUCGAAGAUUCUUGCAUGAAUUACAGUAUAUCAGUCGAUUUAUCUCGCAGCUAGUAGAGACCUGCAGGACUAUCUUCAAGAAACUAAGAAAGGAUGCUCUGAAAGCAUGGGAUGAUGAGUGUCAAAAAGAGGGGCCAAUUCUAGACAGUAAGAUGGCAAAAUGGACCACCAUCUUUGCAGCAUUUGACCUCAAAUAUAUAGCAAAGAAGGCUAUUAAGGGCAGUGUAAUAGCAGUUUACCUUGCCGCCUCACCCAGUGGUAUCGAAAUGGAUGACAAUAGGUUUCUAGAUAAGGACAUCCACCAGAUUCAGUCUAACACUUGGAGAAUUUCCUUUGAUGGAGCAACCAAUAAUCAAGGCUAUGGUGUAGGGGUGGUCAUAGUGACCCUGAGCGGAGAACGGUUACCCUUCAGCAUCAAGCUGGCAUUUCAAGUCACUAACAAUGAAGCGGAAUAUAAGGCAUGUAUCACCGGGCUAGAAACUGCACUUAGACUUCAAAUCAAGCACUUAACUUUCUUUAAGGACUUUAUAAUGAUAGUCUCUCAAGCUCUCAAGAAGUGGAAAAUCAAAGAGCAGCGCUUGGUUCCUUACCAUCAACAUCUCGAUCAGUUUAAAGAGCUCUCUUUCCAUAACUUAACGAGGGCCAAGAACCAGUCUGCUGAUGCACUAGCUACUUUAGCCUUAAUGGUUGAUGUCAACCCUGACAUGGUCAACAAACCGUUGAAUGUUCAAAUUCGUCAACAACCUGCCCACUGUUGCAGCAUCCAGCUUAUCGAUGGCAAGCCAUGGUUUUGA